CUCCUGCCGGGGGCGGGCGUUCGAAUGAGGCGGGAAGCGGCGGUUGGGAGCCAGGCUAGCUCGAGCGCUGCCGUUCGCCCGCCCGAGUUCCACAUUGUCUAUGGUUGACUUCUUUUAGCCAAGAUGUCAGUGAAUCCUAUGGCAUAUGAAGCCCAGUUCUUUGGUUUUACCCCUCAGACAUGUAUGCUUAGGGUCUACAUUGCAUUUCAAGACUACCUGUUUGAAAUGAUGCUGGUUGUGGAAAGAGUCAUUCUGAAGAAAUUAGAAGGCUUUCCUGACUCUAAGAUCAGUCCAUUCCAAAUCCGUAAGAGCACAGAGAAAUUUCUUCUCUUCAUGAAGGAGCGCUUUGAUCACCUCUUCAGCAAAAUGGAACAAAUGCUUUUGCAGUUGGUGUUAAACAUCCCUAAAAAUGUUUUGCUUCCUGAAGACAAGGUCCACGAGCAGUACCCCUACAGUAAGGAACAGUUUCAAACUCUUCAAGGUGAAAUUGAUCAACUACAGAAACAAUACAAGGUCGAAGUGUCUGCUGGACAGGCCCUUUUAGCAGAAUUAGAAGAACAGAAAAUGGUUCAGGCAGAACUUGAGAAGACCCUCCAGUGGUUUGAUGGGCUUGAGAACAUAUGCAGAGAGCACGGGACUAGCAAUUUAAAGGAAAGCUUUGCAUUCUUGACGCAAACUUCUAAGAAACUGCAAGAUAUACUAAAGGAAGUUGAAAAGAAAAACAAAAGAUUGCAAAAAAGUAGUCUCCAUGCAGUGUAAAGGAAGUACUGAAAGGGCAGCAGAGAAACCAAUAAGACAAUACUUUUGUUACAAUACAUUUUUUGAGGAUCUCUCCAGAAGCAUUUGUAUAUAAGGUUUUGGGGGGUUUGCCCCCUCUUCCUUGCCAUACCAGUUUGCUGGUGAGUGCAAUAUUCUGGCAAACCAUCAUUUUCCCCUCCUGAAUUCUAUAAAUACUGCUUCAACAUUUCUUUAAAUAAAUAACCAUAUCCCCCUAAGAAUGUCUAAAUGAAUUGUCUGAAUGGUAGAGGUGCAGACGCAAAAUAAGUGCAUUGUAAUAAAGACUUCAAUUCUCUGCACUAGUUCAUUUAAGCAACCUUAGUAGAUAGGAAGCUUUUUCUUUAAUGUAGAAUAGGUUAAAAGCAUCUUAAUCUUAAACUAUUUUUUGGAAGUCAAGACUUGUCAGUAUUGAAAUGUUCCAUUUAGAAAUGUAAGAAUGUGACAUCAUAGUAAAACUUAGGCCUUGAGGAGAAAUACAUUUAAUAAAUGUUGGAAUUGGAAUUAAUCUAGACACUGGUGAGUGGUUUCUAAAACGGGUUAGUUAUUACUUCCAGUAUUUAAAAAAAAAAAGGGGGGGGGGGUUGAUAUUCUGAAGGAGUUAACAAAGACAGGACAUAGGGCCUGGAUCUUUCCUUUUUCUUGUGGGAGCAUUUCACAAAUAUUAAUCAGUAGUCACAAACCUAUGUACAGUAGGUGAUUAUACCAAUUUUGCAAAUGGAUAGAGUUAGUUUUGCUUUGAGCAGGAGGCGCACACUGUACAGUGCUGUGUGUGAUAAGAGACAGAUAUGAGCUACAGCGGAAUCACUCAGACUCUGGAUUGCUUUGACAGUUUUCUUGCACCAUAGUAUAUAUCGUAGUGUCAGCACAGCAUUAUACAUUGUGUGACUCUUGCUAAAAGCAAAACGUAGUUUGCCUAUUUAUACAAUGGGUAUAUUCACCUACCUUACAUGGGUGUUGUGAGGACAUUAAUAUUUGUGAAGUCCUUUGAGGUCCUUUAAUUAAGCUUACUUUAUAUGGACUUGUUCCACAAUCCAUCAAAGUAAAUGUGAAUCUUUCCAUUGACUUCAGUGGCUUUUGGAUCAGCCCUUAUUUACAUAUUAGUAUAGUAAAAAGAAGCUUAAUUUUACAGAGGCAAAACUUCCUUACUUUUUAAAAGAUACUUGCUUGAACAAUGUUUAACUUCUGUAUAACUUGAGAGCUACUUAAAUAAAAAUUAUACGUAAAGUGACAAAAUAUAUUUUUUCAAUGCAUUCUGAAACUAUACUAUGAAAUAUUCUAUGAAAUUUGUCAAAUACCUGAAGAUUUCUGGAUCAGCUCAAUGUGCUCAAAGAACAGGUCAACAAAUUUCAAGUGUCCACUGAUUUUGUGAGCCCAGUGUGACAUUGUGACUCACCUUGGGCACCCGAAGUCAGUGUCCGCAUCUGAAAAUUUGGCCAAAGACGUUAACAUUUAACACUAGUCAUUGUGUGAACUAACAUGCAUUAAAUAAUGCCUAAAGAUUUUCUAAUGGAAAUCAUUCUAAAGUACCUUAUUUAGAGACUCAUUUUGUAUGUAUCACUUAAAACAAUGUUUAUUUUUCUGCAUUUUUUGAUCAGUAAAAUCUAAGUGUUUAUUUCCCCACCACUCAUUCUUACCUGUAGUAAGCUUCUGUUCUACUGUAUGGCUGCAGCUAAAACUAUAGUUAGACGAUUAGGAAUAGAUACUGAAUAAGCAGAUUAAUUUUUAAGAUGCAGCUUAGCCUGUCUUUUAUAAAUAAAGUACAUAGUUGUGUUUAACUUUUUCUUCUCCCAAAUUGCAAAGGCUACUGCCCAUACUUUGAACUAAACAUGCCAGUUUAUGAAAAGUCAUUCAUCUGUCACUUUGUAGAACUUGCAUCCUUUUAUCAUAUUCUUCUAUUAAGAGUGUGAUUUAAGUGAAAAGUAAAUAAACAUUCCAAUAACUCAUAAGAUAGUGUGAUACAUUUUUCUGUUACUGCGCUAGAAAAAUAUCAUUCAAAAAUCUUCAUUGCUAAUGCAAUUUUUUUUUCUGCGAUAUGACUGCAACAAACCUGUGGAUAUUGUUUUGUCAGACAGCCACAAGGGAGUUAGUUUUCAUUCUGAACAACAGUGAAUGUUAAUUGGAAAUCUACAGCAGGACAAAAAAAUAAAUUGGUAAUUUUAAUGUAAAAUAAAGUAAACAUUUGGAUGUCAAUAGCAAGAGUACAGUAAUAGUCAUUUGGCAAGGCAGGAGAUGAAGAAUACAGAUAUCAUCUUUUCUUUAGGAUACAAUUAAAAGCUCCUUUCUGAGCCUUACAAAUCUACUGUGUGCUUAUUUAAAUAGGUCCAUAAAACAGGAGCUAUAGCACAGGAAUUAUGUUGAUUUUUUUAUAGUAAGAAAUAAAAAAAGUCCAUGUGGGGACAGGGAGUGGUAGGUGAAGACACUCCCCCUCCCCCAAUGAUACUGAUAGUGUUUAUCAUUCAUUGCUAGUGAUGUCAGCAUUUUCCCAAGGAGUGGCUCCUUCCUUAAAUAUACCAUGGACUAAGGAGGGAUUACUUUAAAAAAACAAAAAACAAGGAUGAUGUUUUGAGUAAUAUAAGGAUGAAUAGGGUUGAGGAUAGGGACUGGCUUGGGCUAAAAUGAGUACCUUUUAUAGGUACUCUAUAAUGGUGGGGUUUAAAUCUAUUCACCAAAUACAUAUUCUCCAAGUUGGAUAAGAAAAACAAAACACUCUAACUUUAACUGCACUUUACUAUGAUUUUAAGCUCACGAACAAUGGAUAUUUUGAAUUUUGGGCACAAACACUGAUUCAAAUAGAUUUAAAAAAAAAAUCAUUGGGUUUAACCCUGCUAAAGGUGGUUGGUUUACUUGGUCAUCCAAACUCCUUACUAAUAUAAAGUUGUGUCCUCAGAUAGACCUGAGAAGUUUGUUGUCCAUCUGUUUUAUAAGGUUAUAGAAUGUUCUCUUCUUUUAAGUGAAACAAUGUUAAAAAACCCAGCCAGAAUGUUAAAGCUUUUGGGAAAUUUGCAGGAGAUACAUUUCUACAUGCACCCUUAUGCAGACUGUAUAUAUUUUACCUUUCUCUGCAAUAAAGAUACUAAGUAGUGAAGUGUUUCAAAUGUAUCAAUUGUAAUAGGCAAUGUGGAUUCUCAGACUACAAUAGGCACAGUAUGCAGAAGGAGUGUUGUACAUGUUGGCAUGAAUAUGCAAAGUACUGAGGACCAUCAUAUGGUCACCAAAUGCAUCAAAGCCUACAGCUUUAUUUCCAUUAUUAAUGAAAUUGGGUUGAUAUAGUUCCUUGCUUAGAGAGAAGUCUUGUAUGCUAUUACACUAUAGACAAAUUGUAUUUCUUUUAUACAUUCAUAAUUCACUAGUGGAAUGGUGGAAUUCCUCAAGGGCUUCUUUUCCACCAUGAUUUCAACGAUUUCCAUCCCACCAUCAACCUCAGCCUAGACCAAUCCACACAAGCGGUCCAUUUCCUGGACACCACUGUGCUAAUAAGCGAUGGUCACAUAAAUACCUCCCUACACCAGAAACCUACUGACCGCUAUACUAAUCUACAUGCCUCCAGCUUCCAUCCAGGACACACCACACGAUCCAUUGUCUACAGCCAACCUCUAAGAUAUAACCGCAUUUGCUUCAAUCCCUCAGAGACAAGCACCUACAAGAUCUCUAUCAAGCAUUCUUAAAACUACAAUACCCACCUGCUGAAGUGAAAAUAACAGAUUGACAGAGCCAGACGAGUACCCAGAAGUCACCUACUGCAAGACAGGACCAACAAAGAAAAUAACAGAACACCACUAGCCAUCACCUUCAGCCCCCAACUAAAACCUCUCCAGCGCAUCAUCGAAGAUUUACAACCUAUCCUGAAAGAUGAUCCCUCACUCUCACAGAUCUUGGGAGACAGACCUGUCCUCGUUUACAGAUAGCCCCCCAACCUGAAGCAAAUACCAGCAACCCCACACCACAGAACAAAAACACUAACCCAGGAACCUAUCCUUGCAACAAAGCCCGAUGCCAACUCUGUCCACAUAUCUAUUCAAGUGACAUCAUCAUAGGACCUAAUCACAUCAGCCACACCAUCAGGGGCUCGUUCACCUGCACAUCUACCAAUGUGAUAUAUGCCAUCAUGUGCCAGCAAUGCCCCUCUGCCAUGUACAUUGGCCAAACGGGAUAGUCUCUAGGCAAAAGAAUAAACGGAUACAAAUCUGACAUCAGGAAUCAUAACAUUCAAAAACCAGUAGGAGAACACUUCAACCUCUCUGGCCACUCAGUAACAGACUUAAAGAUGGCAAUUUUGCAACAGAAAAGCUUCAAAAACAGACUCCAAUGAGAAACUGCUGUAUUUGAAUUAAUAUGCAAAUUAGACACCAAUAAUUAGGCUUGAAUAGAGAAUGGGAAUGGCUGAGCCAUUACACACAUUGAAUCUAUUUCCCCCUGUUAAGUAUUCUCGCACCUCUUGUCAAACUGUCUGUAAUGGGCUAUCUUGAUUAUCACUAACAAGUUUUUUUUCUCUUAAUUAAUUAGCCUCUUAGAGUUGGUAGGACAACUCCCACUUUUUCAUGUUCUCUGUAUGUGUGUGUGUAUAUAU